ACGCUUUCUCUAGCUGAUCCCAGUGAUGCUGCUGCUCAAGUGUUGCAUGCUGAAGAGUCCUGACGCUCUGCUGUGAGAGAGAGAGAGAGAGAGCUUUAACAGGAUGAUGGGAUGAAGGUUGGAAUUCCGAGGGGACAUGAAGAUGAAGAUAAGAGUGUGCCAAGGGGUUAGUGGCAUCAUCAUCGUCACCAUGGUUACCAGUUUUAUGUUGGUGUACAACAACAGCGGCUCUGGCGACAGAUCGGCUUCCUCAUCGGCAUCAUCAUCAUCACUUUCGUCCCACCGUUCAGAUGUUCCAUCCACGAAAAAGCCAGAGAAACCGCAGAGACUCCCAACACCAACACUUGAGGGGUACACAGGUGUCAUGGAUCAUAAGCCUCUGAAGAUGCACUGCAGGACUUGUGCCCUGGUGACCAGCUCUGGCCAGCUAACCGGGAGCAGGAGAGGUGAUGAAAUCGACCAGUCUGAGUGCGUAAUCCGCAUGAACGAUGCUCCCAGCAUAAACUAUCAGCAGGAUGUUGGCCGACGCACGAGCCUGCGUGUCGUAGCUCACUCCAGCCUGCAGAGGGUGCUGCGGAGCCGUCAGGAGCUGCUCAAUGCCAGCCAAGACUCAGUGUUCAUCUUCUGGGGACCCAGCAGCUGCAUGAGGCGGGAUGGGAAAGGCCAUGUUUACAACAACCUACGGCUGUUGAACCAGCUGCUGCCCAAACUUAAAGUCUACGUCAUUUCUCGGAUCAAAAUGCUGAGGUUCGAUGAACUAUUUAAAAAGGAAACUGGGAUUGAUAGGAAGAGUUCCAACUCCUGGCUGAGUACCGGCUGGUUCACCAUGGCCAUAGCCGUGGAGCUGUGUGACAGGAUCGACGUGUACGGCAUGGUGCCACCGGAUUUCUGCAGAUCCCCCUCUCAUCCCUCUUUGCCGUAUCAUUACUAUGAGCCCUCGGGGGCCGACGAGUGCUCCAUGUAUCUCACACACGAGAGGAGCCGACGAGGAAGCCACCACCGCUUCAUCACGGAGAAGGUCGUGUUUGCAAACUGGGCCCGAACCCUCAACAUCCACUAUCACCAGCCAGACUGGAAGCCAGCUGCUGUCGCCGUUGGUAUGAACGGCUCGUACGCUCCGGUUCCAGCUGGAUCCUGAGAUUCACUCCAGAGACGGUGUGGAAUAUUAGUGUGGACGGUUUCCAGCUCUGGACGAUAUGAAUGCAUGAGACAGCAGUAGAGGAGACCAGGCAACUGUUGUGGCUGUUAGCCCGCUGCCUAAGCAGCUUGGCAGAAAGGGAUCAUUGCGUAAUAGCAGCACAAAGCCCCAACAAUGUUUUGGAAGUGUAACUAUAAUAGGAUGAAUUUCAUACUGGAAUCAAAGCCAUGGAGGUUGGCUCCAGUGUUUUUUUAACUCGGUGCAGAGCUGCUUUAACAACACAGGAGCCGUCAGAGAGGAGGCAGACGAUGAGGCAGCACAAGACGGAUUCAUUUUCAUAAACUGAAUACACUGAGGUCACGUCCUCAUUAUUUCUGGCAGUUUUAAUGACCUGAGGAGGAGUUUAUACUCUACAAUCACAUACAAAUUACACUUAGUGUUUUUUUUUAUUUUUUCCAAAUGUGACUGUGAUAUUUUAAUUUUUUGACACUUUUUAAACCCUUUUCAAAAACACGAUAUUCACAAUACAGAUAACACAAAGAAAAAAAAGUGACACCUCAUAUUUCACACGUUCUCAUCCCAACUCGUCACAUAUUGGCGCUGUGUCAGACCCGGCCUUCAGCAUUACUUUUCGGUUGCAGUAAACACUUGCUUAACAUUGUAAAUUCAAACAAAACCACUUAGUUAGGGGAAAAAACUCUACGUUUAUAGAGUGAUCAUAUGAUUUGAUGUUAUGUACACAGGACAUGAAGCAGCGGUCUCCUGGAUGAAAGUCUUUUGUUUGUUGGAUUUUCACAGAAUCAAGAUUUUUGUAGUAAUUUGAUCUGAUUUCACUUGAGAUGCAUUUCAAAAUCAUGUGUAAAUGUAAUCCACCUAAAUCAUAUCUAGACUCAAUCCUGAUUAAAGGGGCAUGUUAAACGGUAACUUAGGUAUUUUUCAACCUGGACCCUAUUUUCCCAUGUUUUAGUGUCUGAGUGACUAAUGGGGACCACAAUUUUUGAACUUGG